AUGACUCCGGCGAAUGAAAUUCAAAUUCUUAAUCCCGACUACAUCAAUUUGUUCACUCCAGGAUCAAAUCCUAGCUCCAUCUCAUUAAUGAUUCUAGCUUGCUCCUACCAAAAACCUCCUUCUCAGUCAUCCGACACUGAAGUUGAAGAAAAACCAGCGAAGCCCGUGCCGGUUAUGCAGCCGGAAAUGGAGCCGAAGAUCGUCGUUAUCAUGGCGGGAGACGACAACCCUAGAUACCUGGCAAAGCCUGUAUUGCCUACUCGCCAUAGUGAACAAGUCUAA